AUGGGUGGACUUGGCAGUGAUUCUGUGGGAUGUAGAGUUCAGAGAGUUAUUGCUGCAAACGGAACACAGAGGUUAAGGGGCAUUGGCGAUUGUGUUGUUACUGUACUGCUCUCUGAGGAGGACAAAGUUGAGGAUGAUGUAGUUUUUUACUUGGUAUUUUCGGGUUCCACUCUCCAUCACUGUACAAGUACUCGGAAGGUCAGUUCUGAUACGCUGGAGACCAUUGCUCCUGGUCAUGACUGCUGCGAGACGGUGAAGGUGCUGCUCUGUGCUUCCAAAGAGGGCCUGCCUGUGUUUGUGGUGGCAGAAGAAGACUUCAGGUUCAUCCAGGACGAGGCCUAUGAUGCAGCCCAGUUCCUGGCAACCAGUGCUGGAAAUCAGCAGGCUCUGAACUUCACCCGUUUCCUGGAUCGGUCAGGACCCCCGUCUACGGACGUGAAUUCCCUUGAUGAGAAGGUUUCCCUGGCGUUCAGGCACCUGAAGCUGCCAGCGGAGUGGAAUGUGUUGGGAACAGAUGCAACUUCGCAUGAUGGUGGCCCCCGAGAGACAUUGAUGCAUUUUGCUGCGCGGCUGGGGCUGCUGAGGUUGACGUGGUUCCUGUUGCAGAAGCCAGGUGGCCGCGGAGCUCUCAGCAUCCACAACCAAGAAGGAGCGACCCCUGUGAGCUUGGCCUUGGAGCGGGGUUAUCACAAGCUGCACAGGCUUCUAACUGAGGAGGAUACUGGAGAACCAGACUCCUGGAGCAGUUUAUCGUAUGAAAUCCCUUACGGAGACUGUUCUGUGAGGCAUCACCGAGAGCUGGACGUCUAUACGUUAACCUCUGAGUCUGAACCACACCAGGAACCCCCACUUCCUGGAGACAGUUGCACUGGACAUAUUUUUAAACUUAUGAACAUCCAACAGCAGCUAAUGGUAAGACAGAAAAUUUCGAUUUUCAGGCGUUUGUGCCCUCACCCCUUCCCCCAAUGAGCCUUGCUAUAAUUAGAACAUAACAGUGCUUCCCUCAAAGAUUGUGAAACCUGUAAAGCAGUUUUAGCUAUAUUAGAUGUUAGCAUUUAUAGAGACAGAGCUCAGCACUGGGGUAGUAGCAAUAAGAGACUGAGAAUUUUUCAUUUUUUUUUGCCAGGCUUUUUUAAAAAAUAACAAAAGACACACA